UAAACGAAACACCAUUCAUUCUAUUGCUAUCUGUAGGGCACAACCCCGAUUCUGAAGCUCCUGCGAAAUUAAAAGCUCCUCUUUCAAUCUCACAAAUUAGGGUUUUCCGUAACAAAAUCCCUUAUUAGGGUUUCCCUCCCAUUCUUCAAUUUUUCGCGCUCGAUAUAUAAGUAAUCGAUGAAACUGGCCAUUUUCUUGGGCAAUUGUCUGUAACUUUUAUCUAGUUUCAAGAAUACUUUGUUGACAUCAGAAUCCUCUUGAUUAUCACUCACAACUCUCUUUGCCUGUGUCUAUUGCUUUUUUUCUUUGUUUUUACUAUUCUGUAACUCUCUUUUCUGAGAACCACUCUAGCUGCGACUCCUUUGAAGCCAUAUAUCCUCAUGGCACAAAUUCAGUCAAAAGUCUUAUUUUGCAACUCCAUUGGCCUCUCAUUUUUUUCCUCCUUUCCACAUUUGUACUCUUUUCUUUUGUCAAUGCUUCUGGCUUCUGUGCUUCCUUCACAGUUGUCUUGCAAGCUUGCUUUAUUAGAUACAUAAAAUGUCAAGGACAAGGGAAGAGAAUGAAGAGCAGGUAGACCUUGAAGGGGACAAUGAACAAGAGGAGACCAUAGAGGAGGAGGUUGAAUAUGAAGAAAUAGAGGAAGAGGAGGAAGUGGAAGUUGAGGAAGAGGUUGAAGAAGAGGUGGAAGAUGAGGAUGAGAAUGCUGAGCUUGUUGAUGUUCAAAAAGGCUCUGAUGGUGAUGAGGAGUUGAAUGAUUCUGAGACAGAGGAAGAAAAGAAAAAGAAACAUGCAGAACUUCUUGCACUUCCUCCUCAUGGAUCAGAGGUCUACAUUGGUGGCAUUCCUCAUGACACUUCUAAAGAGGACUUGAAGAGAUUUUGUGAAUCUAUAGGAGAAGUCAUAGAGGUUAGGAUAAUGAAGGCGAAGGAUUUAGGUGAGGGCAAUGGUUAUGCUUUUGUGACCUUCAGAUCCAAAGAGUUAGCAUCCAAAGCUAUUGAAAGACUGAAUUAUUCUGAAUUCAAGGGGAAAAAGAUAAAAUGUUCAACUUCUCAAGCAAAGAAUAAGUUGUUCAUUGGUAAUGUUCCCAGAAACUGGGGGGAGGAAGUUAUGAGGAGGGUUGUAACUGAUGUUGGGCCUGGAGUCGGUUGUAUUGAAUUGUUGAAGGAUCCAAUGAACCCCAGCCGAAACCGUGGAUUUGUUUUCAUUGAGUACUAUAAUCAUGCAUGUGCUGAAUACUCAAGACAGAAAAUGUUGAAGCCAACAUUUAAGCUUGAUGAUAAUGCUCCAACUGUGAGUUGGGCUGACCCUAGAAAUGCUGAAUCUUCUGCUACUACUCAGGUUAAGUCAUUGUAUGUCAAGAAUUUACCACGAGAUAUAACUCAGGAUCGCCUAAAGGAGCUGUUUGAACAUCAUGGAAAGAUCACAAAAGUUGUAGUUCCUCCUGCAAAAGCAGGAAAGGAGGACAGCAGGUAUGGGUUUGUGCAUUUUGCAGAGAGGUCAAGUGUUAUGAAAGCAUUGAAGAAUACUGAAAAAUAUGAGAUUGAUGGUCAAGUGUUGGAGUGUUCUCUUGCAAAACCACAAGCAGACCAGAAGUCUUCUGGAGGAUCUGGCUCCCAGAAGUCAACCUUAGAUUCAAGCUUCCCUCCAUUAGGAUUUGGUUUACUUGGGGGAGCAUAUGGUGGUCUUGGAACAGGAUUUGGUCCUGCAGGAUUUGGACAGCCGUUAAUCUAUGGGCGAGGUCCAACUCCUGCUGGAAUGGCAAUGAUGCCAAUGCUUUUGCCUGACGGAAGGAUUGGAUAUGUCCUCCAACAGCCUGGGAUGCAACAACCAGAGACACCUCCACCACGGCCCCGUAGUAGCCGGGGUGGUGCUAGUAGUAGUAGCUCAAGCGGUGGAAGACGCAGCAGCAGUGACAGUAACCGAGGACGCAAUCGAUAUAAUCCAUAUUAGUUUGGUUCUCGAUUCCAUUUCUUCUGUAACCUGAAGUUAGAAGAGAGUAGAAAAGAAUCUGCUUUGAGUUGGCUUUUGUUCGAGGCUAAGGAUCAGCCAGUAGUUUUGUUAAAACAGAAAUUAUGGGAAGUGUUGUAAGCUGUCAAAAAACUUACCGACAGAUAUGGGCUCUAAUUCCAACGACUAACAUAUAUUGGCCAUUGCAUUUAGAUUAAAUGUGAUUUACUUCUCCCUAACAAAACUGAAGCUGUCUACACAUUGCUGAAUAACAGCAAUGAAACAGUUAAAAUAAAAGCUUGAAAUGGAGGAGAAAUAUUGUAACGAAACGGUUUGGUUUAGUGGUCUCUUCAGUCUUUAGAGGGUUCAAACUUUUGCUUCGAACUCCGAUCCUUACCUAUGCCACUAUAUAGGCCUUCCUUUGACAUGUAUCUUUGUGUUCUUUCUUUCUUUGUGUUAACAAUAAUGGUUAAAUUUCAAAUUUAGUUUUACUUUUUAGAUUAUAUAAAAUGGUAAAUUUU